AUGGACCAACUGCCCGUGGAGGUGCUACUCGGCAAUGACCUUGGCCACCUUACCUCCACCUACGUACCCUUCUGGAUCCCUGAUGAGACCUACUCAGUAAGGACCUGGCAGCAAGCCACCACCUGGCACGGCUCACACUCUGAGGCUCAGAUGCCACUGCAGGACGUUUUUGAAAGCAGUAAUAUCCAGAAAAAAAACAAAAUGAAUUUUAUUUUGGCUACGGUAUUUGCCUUUGGCAUUUUGGUGACAAUAUGCAAUGCUGGCUGCUUCACAAAAUUGAACAAGCCAUCACUUGAUGGUGUUGAACCCAAGGGUUGUUUGGAUAAAAAUGGCGUGCUCCAUAAAUUUAAUACUCGGUGGAGGACGAAAAAUUGCUUUGACUGCAGUUGUGAUACUGAGGAGAUGCACUGCUGCAAAGUUUAUGGUAGACCUGCCAACUAUGACCAGAGCAAAUGCUUUGUCAAGUAUGAUAAGCAUGCAUGCACCGUGGAAGUACUACAAAAGGAGGAUCCUACAAAGGUGUGCGAGCGCUAUGGAAUGGCUGGCUAACGAUGAGCUCAGCAUGAUCCAGAAUAAGCCUUCUCUGAAUCUAUUAGACUCUCAUGAUUAAAGCUGUAUUGAAUACCUUUGUUGAUAAAUAAAACAGCUAUGUUGAGUGCUAAAGUCACAAUUAAUAUAAAUAUUAAAGUUCAAAAUAUAGAGUAAAGA